AUGUCUGACGUUGAACUUAGUGAAUGCUCCUAUCUUACUGAGAUGGAAGACCCAGCUAUUGCUGCCAAAGACAAUCAAAUAAGAGAUUUAACAUUUGAAAAGCAGCGCCUUGAAGAUCUUGUUAAGAAUUUACAAUCUUCUUUAGAAAACGUUAAGACACAGCUUAAAGAUACUAUAGCAGCUGUUGACACAUCAAAUACUGUAUCUUCCGAGAUCCAAAAGCUCAAGAAGGAAGUUGCUGAUCUAACAACUAAGAAAGAACAGUUAGAGAGACAAGUUGAAAUCCUUACAAACUCAUCAAAUGAUGCUACAAAGAAAUUCUCAGAUGAAGUUACAUCAUUAACAUCCCAGAGAGAUGAAGCAAUUUCUAAUCUUGAGAAAUCUGACGAACGCGUUAAUAAGUUACGUAAAGAGCGCCAAGAACUCCGUACACAAGUUCAAGAAAAGGAUGAGUUACUUCAAGCCAUCACAGAAGAUUAUCAGAAGUGCAAGACUCAGAAGAAGAAGUUAGCUCAGAAAUACACAACAGCAGCUGAACAGCUUACACAGGCAGAACAAGAAAAGGAUGCCUUAGCAUUUGAAAACCAGAAGUUAGUAAACGAUCGCACUACAAUUAACUCUGAGAUCGAAUCACUUCGUCUCAAGAUUGAAACAGCUAAGUCAUUCAACAAUGAUAUCGAAGGUUCCCUUCAACCACUUCAGAAUGAACUUCAGCAGAAAAACGAAUUGAUUUCUGCACUUGAAGAACAGAUCGAUUCCCAACGUGAAGAGAUCCAGAAUUACGCUGAAGAACGCCAAAAGAUUCUUGAUAUCAUGCAAGCAAUGCAAAAAGCUCUUGCAGAUGUCGAAGGAUCUUUCGAACAACUUCAGAAUGAAAAUGCUGCACUUAAGUUACGUGUUAAGAAUGGUGCCAAACCAGUUUCCAAGCCAUUUGCUACACAACAAGAUUUCGAUAAUCUUUCUAUUCCAUUCACUGGCGAUCUGAAGGCACGUUCUUCAAACAUCAUGCAGUUACCACAAUAUACACCAUUCCAGCGUCUUCAAUUAGUUCUCAAUGAGUCUGCUAAGCAAAUCCAGUCCUUGACAGAGCAAGUCACAAUGGCCACAAAGAAGGCAGAAGCAACACAAAAGGCAUUUGAUAACUUUGCUGUUGAUCAAGUAAUCUAUAGUGAGAUUUGUGAUGCUCUUAUUGAGGAUCUUAAGAAACUCGCAACAAACCAAGAACUUAUCAACAACUGCCCACUCUCUGAAGGAAACGAAGACUUCCUCGAAUACCUUAACCAAAAGAUCGAAGAAACAUCACAAGCAGUUCAGCGUGAAGCAAUCAAAGAUCCGAAGUAUGUUAACUCAGACUUCUUCUUUGCUAAUGAUGUUAAGCAGCGUCAGGCUGCCAUCAAGAAGCUUCUUCAACCAGAAAAUUCUACAUUCACACUCUUCUGCGGCCAAUUCCUUACAAACGUUUUCCUUCAAAAUCAGCUUAAUGCCGUCACAGCUCCACUCCAGUUGAUUGAUAGCAUGACAAAGAGUGGCGCAUUGAAGGGAACACAGCUUUCAGAUGUUCCACACCUCAUUGAGACACUUAAUGUUCGUGUCAACCAUACAACAAAGCAGAACAAGAAGCUCACAAACCAACUCAAGAAGGCACAAGCUCAUGAAAUGGAACUCGCUCAAUCUGAAAACGAGAAGAAGACAAAGAUUUCAGAACUUUCUCUUCAAGUUGAUAACCUUCAGAAUGAAAUCGGCGUUCUUAAUGUUAAGCUUCAAGUUGCAAAUAAUGAGUUACUUCUCAAGAAGAAUGAAUGCGGAUCACUUAACGAAUUUGCUAAAGAAAUUCGUGCUGGUGUUGAAGAGAAGACAAAUGAUCAGAAGGAAAGAACAGCUAAGCUUGAGGCUGCACUUGCCCAGAAGACACGCGAAUGCGAUGAGCUUUCUACACUUCUCCAUGAUCUCAAGAGGUCUGUUGAUGAGAAUACAAAUGCUACAAUCAAGCGCAUGAGAAAGAAUGAAGAAAGCUACCUCAACCAAAUCGAAGCUCUCAACAACCAAGUUGAUGAAUAUGAAGCCGAGCUCCAGAAGCGCAGAAAGAUUGCAAAGAGAACAGAAAAAGCUCUCAAGGAGCAAUACGAUAAUUCUCUCAAGGAAAUGGCUGCUCAUUAUGAAGAAGGCAAGAAGAACCUUGAAGAAACAAUUACAUCCCUUCGUGACAAGGCCGAGAAUUCUCGUGAAAUGUCAAAGAAGCUUGUUGAAAACAUGUCUGAAGUCGAGAAGAGAAAUGUACAACUUACAAAGGAGAAUACAGAACUUAAUCAGACACUCAAGAACAUCAAGCAAGAGCAGACAAACUUCAAGAACAGCAUGAACAAGGCCAAUCAGCAGAAGCAAGCUCAACUUGCAGCUCAGUUAAUGGCUGUGGAAUCAAAGGCUCAGCAGCAAAUCGCCGAUGAAAGACGUCAGGCUCAGAAGAAAGUCCAAGAACUUCUCACAGUUGCCUAUGAGAACAUCGGAACCUUCUACGGCGUAGAAGAAUCAGAAUAUGAUGUCGAAGCAUACCAGCAGUCUGUGAAGAGUGCUCGUGAUGAUCUCGACAAACUCAGAUAUUUCCAGAAUGAAUCAACAAAGCUAGCGCAAACUGAGUAA